AUGGCUGAAAGACAAACUACGCACAAGCCUGGAUCAAAAUGGCUACUCGAAACCACUGNCAGUAGUCGACCAAAAUCUUCCAAUGAAAUACUUGAUGAUGCUACUCUUGUCUUCUAUUUUGCUUUUAAUAAUAAUUCAUUUCUUGAUUCUGGUCCAAAUAGGAUCAUUGGAACACUAUAUAAUGUUACCUUAAUUAAUGAUGCUCUUCAAUUUUAUCAAUCUUUUUCAUAUUUUCAAAUCGAAACUUUCAUUCCUCCUAAUAUCGAUAAUGCAUUUUCUUCUAUUGCACUAUGGAUUAAUCCAUCUUCAACUAAUUCGACAAGUAUCGUUCAUGUUUCAAACAACUUUUCAUGUUGGAAUAUGAUCUCAUUGAACGAUCAAGGUCAUAUUAUCUUCGAAUAUCCACAAAAUCAAACAAUCAUUGGUCCUUCGGUGAUUUCAAAUUCAUGGACACAUCUUACACAGACAUAUUCGAUAAAUAAUGGAAUUAAACUUUAUAUUAAUGGAACAUUAUUUAAUCAAACAUACUCUUCAAGUUCUUUUCUAAUCGAUCCAUCAUAUACAAUCACUGUUGGCAAUUGUUCACAAAAUUGUGACGCAUGUGACGUUAAUGGAACUUCAUAUAAUGGUUUUAUCGAUGAAUUUCGCGUGUAUACGCGUGAAUUAAAUGCGAGUAAUGUUCAAAAAUUAACAAUUCAAUCAAAAUGA